AUUUCAAUCUUACGAGACCGAGCAAAGAAAGAGAAAUGGCUGGACCAUCGACGACUUCAAACGCACCAAAGAAGAGGAAGAGAGUCGAAGCAGAAACUAGCAGCACCAAUACUUCUACUACCUUACGUCGCGCUAAAGAUGUAGCGCUUAUAAGCAUGCACAAUUGCAGUCUCGAUGCUAAGAUCAGAGUCAAUCUCGAAGCUCAACAUAAUGGUUCAUUAGCUAAGGAUGCUGCAAAGAUCGGUGGUGAAAAGUGGAAGUCUUUGACUGAGGAUGAGAAGAAAGUUUACCUAGAUAAAGCUGCUGAACUAAAGGCAGAAUAUAACAAGUCACUGGAAAGCAAUGAGGAAGAGGAAGAUGAGGAGAAGCAAUCUGAUGAUGUUGAUGAUGCUGAUGAAGCUGAGGAGAAAGAAGUUGAGAAAACAGAUGAUGACAACAAAGAAGCUGAAGGUAAAGAAGAGGAGGAAGAAGAGAUUUUGGAUGACUACUAAAAAUGUUAAGCUCGUUCUUAUGGGUCUAGUCUUCGUGAAAUGGAUUUAUCUCUAAUCGUUCGUUGUGAUGGAUUGUAAAUGAAGCCUUUUAAUAUCG